AUGGCCCGUAUUGCAUCGGAUCUAGUGCUGGACAUUGAACCUGACUUUGUGUCUAAAACCUUCCAAGGCAUAAGAAACUGCAUCAUCGGAAACACACAGGUAACCCAUGACAAAGCCGCCAAUGAGCUCAUCACGGGCUGGCGGCAAGACCAAGACAUCCGCCUCGCAGCAUGGACCCUGCAAGCUGAAAAGAAGAAACCAAAGAUCAAUGAUUUUAAGGCAGGAGUUUCUGUUAAUGAUACUCUCACCCAUUGCCCAUCUCAAUAUGCCAUUCACAAGCUCAAGUCUUUCGAGUGUGUCGAACUGUGGUACUUCAGCCCAGACAGCUGCAAGGACACCGCAGAUGAAGCCAAGUCUUCAGCAGACAGCACAUUUGGAUUUACAAAAGUCAAUGACUUCGUAGCAUUAAAGGCAGUCACUGCUUUCAAACCCUCUCGCAAGGCCAUCCAAGACCAUAGUCUUGAGUGGAGACAGUUUGACAUGGCAAAGAAUAGCUUCUUGUUAUACAUCAAUAAACUGAACUGGUUGGAGAAGCACCAAUGCACUAUCACCAUGUUUUUCAUGAAUGUUGUCUCCCACCCACAAUGCGCUGAACCCUUCGGCAAACAUGCUCUACUCCUUUAUGCUGCCUGUGUCCACUGGGAUUGGCAUGACACCCUUACCCUGGACAACACCUUCGACAUCGGCGUUUUCAAUGCCAUGCUGUUGAAAAACCUAACCAAAGAAGUUUGGAACAAAUCUUGCAUUGAAAGCCUGACGGAGGUAUGUACCCCUCCUCAAUUAAAAUCUUUGAAUUCUAAUUAUUCUUUCUUGUCCCUCUCUGCCACAAAACAUGCUACCACCGCUUCUGCUUAUGCUCCCACCUGUUAG